AUGUCAGAAACUGAUCAUUCUGAAACAAGCGAAUCUACAAUUGAACCAUUACAAUUUGAAAAGAUUUUAGAAAACUUGGAACAUGGAGCAGAAGAUGCUAAAGAAUCACAAGAUUUCUUAUCGUACUCCACUUUACUUGAUAUUUAUUUAAAUGAUCCUACUAAGUAUUCCAACGACGAAAAGGAACAAUUAAUGGGUCAUUUAUUAGAUAUUUUAACCAAUAAUAAAGACUUGACUUUUGAAAUUGGCUGGGAUUUACCUCAGUUGGUUAUUUUAUACAUUGAAUCCGAUUACGAUUUCAAAGGUCCAAUUAGAUCGUCUCCUUGUGUUUAUAAAAUAUUGAAAAUAUUUGAAACAUUAGCAAUCAACGGGAACCCUAAGGAAUUGUUUUUGAAAAGUUGUGAAUUGUUAAGUAGUCUUGAAGUUUCUACUGAUGAAAGUUUGCCUCUUGAGAGUAGAGAUAGUUUCUACGAAAUCAAGGUUUAUUGUGUGUUUGAAUUGAUUGAUUCUUGUAUGAAAAGAAUUAAAACCUUGUAUCCUUCUAGGUUUUUAUUAAUGACUGUUAGUGCGUUUAUUAACUUGGCAUACAAGUUAAACAAGCAGUACACUAAUUUAGGAAUUCAUCAUUUUAUUUUGAAAAGAGCUUAUAGUUUUGCAAGAAACUAUAUUAAUUUACCAUUACCAGAUGAUAUUGAUGUUCCCAAAGAAGAUCUUGACAAGAUUUUAAAAGAUGAAGAAUAUUUGCAACGUAAAUUGCUAACUGGUUUCAUAACCAAUAUUAUUUAUUUGAAAAAUGUAAACUAUGCUGAAGGAUAUGCAAUGGAUCAUUUCAGUUGGUUACAGAAACAACAAUCCCAGUCAAGACAUAUUUUUGAAUAUUCUGUGGAUUCCAAUUUGCCAGAUAGAUUUGUUGAAUUGGCGUAUUCUUUUGAUAUUGAAUUGUUAAAUGUUUUUCAAACUUUUAUAACCGAUGCUCAUAAAUUGCUCAUUCCUAUAGAUCGAACCAAAUCUACUGAGGAAAUAACUGGGUUGAUUUUUGAAAAAUUAAUUAUUGAUUACCAGAGAAAUGUUUAUUCCAGUAUUGUCAAUAGUGAUAUGAAGGAAAUUAAGGAUUCUACAAUUGCAGAAUUGAUUUUAUUCACUCAUUCAAUCGCUAUCAAAAAAGAAUUUUCAAACCCAACAAUGACCAUAGCUGAUGUGUUGGCAAUGACUUUGAGACUUAUCGUACCACAAAUGGUUAGUUCUCAGUUUGUUAACUUUGGUGUUGUUGAUAUGGUUGUCUUUUGGAUCUGGUUUACGUUAUAUCAACAGCAAAAUUUGAAUCAUAAUAACUUAUCAUUACAAAUUGAAAGAAUUCCAAAACCUUUAUUCACUAUUUUCCUACAAUGUAUCUUAUUCAUAAUGGUUACAGUAUUUAAAGACAAACCAAAAUUUAGAUAUAUUGUAUUGACUUUAUUAACCAAGAUUUUGGUAUUGUGUCCUGACAUAGGUUAUGAUUUCAUUAAGGAUUCUAUAGAGCAUUGUCCAUAUGAAAAUAUCAAAGCACCUUUAAUUGGAGUUUAUAAAGAAUUAUUAUUGAAAAAUUGUUCGUCUAUUGAUACCUUGGAUAUGGAAAAACUAAAAAUUUCAAAUGAUGCAAAUGGUGAUGAUAAAUCUUCCAAAUCAGCUCCACCUUUACCACCACGUCAAUUAAAGCAAUCAGCAUCUUAUCAAUUAACUGAUGAAAAAUUAGAUGAUUUAUUAGAGUUAAUUGAAGUUGCUGAAUCAGAAGUAUUUGUUGAUGAUUCUAUUGAUCCUACUAAAUUAUCAUCAAUUGCUGCAUUUUUAAACUUAUUGGUUGCUAUUAAACAAGAUCCUGUUAUCAUUUCAAAUAAAGAUAAAGUCAAUGAUAGAUUAACUUCUAUAGAAGAUAAUAUCAAACAAGUUAAAAAUACCACUAAGAAUCAAUUCGAAAUAAAUGCUGGUGAUAUGCUUCAACUUACAAUCGAGAGAUUCAAAGAAUAG